UGAACCCGGAUAAAACCAAAAGGUAAUUUAACACAUGAAGCUCCAGACACAAACGCAUUUAACGAUCUCAGCCGAUAGACCCACCCACCACUCACCACCUUUCUCUAUCUGUGAACUGUUGUGUCAAAAAGUGAAGACAACAUUUUUUGGCUGCUUACGCCCAGCCCUCUGCUAGCCCGUCAGCCCUUCAGAGUCACCACCCCCAUCUAAAAACGCAGCUUCGUACACAGCUGGGAACUGGAAGAAAGUUAUCCUGAGGAGAGGACCGCUCGGGUUUGAGUUAAAGAGUUGGGGUAGACUCAGAGGACUGUUCUCUGACAACAACACAAAAGCUCAAUACAGAGCUGAAGAGAGAAGGAGUCACACCAAGCACUCACUGACUUGAAAGCCGCCUACAGCCAUGAUACACCGAUACAGAGGGAACACCAUGAAGUUCCUGGUGAUCCUACAGGGGGCAGCACUGCUGCUGCUCUGCGGCUGGUACAUGCAGCUCAGCCCCUAUGACCAACCUACCUCCAAUGACAAAGUCCACGUUCUGCUGCUGUCAUCGUGGAGAUCAGGUUCAUCCCUCAUGGGCCAGGUGUUCAAUCAGCACCCGUCUGUCUUCUACCUUAUGGAGCCCGGUUGGCAUGUGUGGACCCAGCUGAGGCAAAAUGGUGCACGGGCACUUCGAAUGGCAGUGAGGGAUCUCUUACGGAGCCUGUUCCACUGUGACUUCUCAGUGAUGGAGUCCUACCUUACAGAGAACCAGAAAGAAAUGUUUAUGUGGAGUCACAGUCGAGCUCUGUGCUCAGCUCCAGCCUGUCCUCUCACACCACGUGAUCAGCUUAGCAACCAGGCACAGUGCCAAAAGAAUUGCACACCUAAGAACCUGCAAAUUGUAGAGGAGGUGUGUGGCUUUUACUCUCAUGUGGUGUACAAGGAAGUGCGUAUCUUUGAACUGGAAUCCCUUUACCCACUUUUGCAGGACCCAAACUUAGAUCUCCGCAUCAUCCACUUGGUUCGAGACCCACGGGGAGUGAUGCGGUCUAAGGAAGAGUCAGCUGGGUUCUUUGUACGUGAUAACGCUAUCGUCUUGGAACAGAAACACAUCAAUAAAACAGAGAUACAGUAUCAGAUCAUCCAGGAGAUCUGUCGCAGUCACUUGCGCAUCAAUGAGAGGGCUGUCCUGAACCCCCCUCCAUUUUUAAAAGGCCGCUACAAAUUGGUUCGCUAUGAGGAUGUGACGCGCAACCCACUUGAGGAGAUCAAUGCGUUGUAUCAGUUUGUAGGUCUGGAGAUGACCACGCAGCUGGCCACAUGGAUCUAUAAGGUGACCCACGGAAAAGGCAAAGGCUCCGCUAACGAGGCCUUCAAGGUUACUUCACGGAGUGCCAUUGACGUCUCCCAGGCUUGGCGCACCAUGCUGCCGCACAACAAGGUCAAACGAGUACAGGAAGUGUGUGAAGAGGCCAUGUCUUAUCUCGGGUACAGGAUGGUAAACAGUGAAAUAGAGCAGAAGAGUCUUGACAUUGAUCUACUGGUACCACGAGAACAGCUCAACUGGUCACAUGAUAAAACACACCAUCUGGACGACAGUUACAACAGGAAUGACAAAGACUUUAUGACAGACGGAUUGCACAAAACACAAGAUUAGGUUACCACAGACCUGCUAUGGAGUGGCAAGAUUCAAAUGUGAAAAGGCAGCACAGCAUUCUGUUAAUGUACAUUUAGUGUUUGCAUGCCACGGGUCGCCUACUAGCCAGAAGGUCGUUGGUUCGAUCCCAGUCUGCUCAUGUAGAGCAGACUGGCAUGAGCAGUCUGUUCUUGAGGAGAUCAAGACUGCUCAUGCCAGUCUGCUCAUGCUAAGAGCAGACUGGCAAGAUCCAUUUGAGAGGGACUUGGGCAAGAUACUAACCCCAGGUGGCUCUCUGAUGCAUCCAUCAGAGUGUAAACGUGUAUGAGGUAGCACUGAAAACCUAGAAAAGUGCUUGUGUGAAUGGGUGUGAUUAUCGUGAAUGACCAAGUUGUAUAAAGUGCUUUGAGUGCUCAGACAGAGUAGAAAAGCGCUAUAUAAGAACCAGUUCAUUGACAAAAGACUCAUUCAGAGUCACAGUAGCAUGUUGGUAAUCUGUCUGCAUUUAUAAAUUCUACAAAUAUUUGUAAACAGUCUCUCUAAGGCUACGUUCACAAUGCAGGUCUUAAUGCUCAGGUCCUAUUUUUUGAUCAAAUCCAAUUUUUUUUGUCUGGUUGUUCACACUACAAAUAAAAUGUGACAGCAAACGCGCUCUAGUGUGAACGGUUCACGACUCUCAAAGCGGCCCGCAUGAGCAAAAGAAAACGUCACACACAACACGCUCUGUUUACGGAAGUAAAAAUGGCGGCUACAGAGCUAGUAGGUGUUGUUGCAGCGAUCUAUCAAUUUCCGCACAGUCGUAACCGACAGAAUUUUGACAAAUGAAUUAGAGAAAGAAGGACACUAAGAAAAAAAAGAGAGCCUGUGCUUUAACAAUGGGCUUGUUUGGAGCAGUGGCUGCUACCUCCGUGCAGAGGUAUAUAUGGAUAAUUGGCGUCUGUCUUGUGUCAGUGACGUAAAAGACGGAUUUAAUGUGACAUGACCAUUCAAACAGCAGUCACUUUCUAAAACAUCAGAUAUGCAUCAGAUUCAGUACUACAUACGAAACGGCUGUUCAAACUGUCAUACCAUGAUUGGAUAUGGGUCGCAUAGGGUCAAAGAAGUCAGAUUUGAUGCACUUUCGCCUGCAGUGUGAACGUAGCCUAAGAGUGACUGCAGUCAAUCCAAGUCACACUGUGACUGCAGAAAGUUUGCCUCCUAGUUGCUGAAAGACACAUAUAACUUCUAUAACACUGAUUCCAGUUUAUUUCAACAUGGCAUAUUUCCUAUUUAACUGCAUUUAGCAGUCUCCUCCUGUCCAUGUGAUUGACAGUAAGCAGUUAGUUAACCAUCUAGAGCACAUAGUUUACUAACUUAAUUAAAGAUCUCCACUUGACUACUUUGCAAGAUUAACAACACAGAUUAACAACACAGAACCAAAAGGGAGCAUAAAAUGGGACGAUUUUCACUCAUUUGGACUCAAAUUCAUAUUUAUGUUAUUGUGGGCAUUGGUGCAGCUCCACAGGGUAUCUGCUGUCUGAAACAACUUGCAUUUAUGGGAACUUUCUUAUGACUGGCCACUCCUUGCAAACCGAGGGCUGGAACAGCAGUGGGCGGGGCUUCUGAGGAAAUUCAUCAGGUUGAAUGUUUUUUGUUUUGUUUUAUUUAUAUUUUUCUUUGUAAAUAGCAGCGGUGCCCAUAAGGCUUCUAUGAUGUCACAUAUAAGUAUCAUAGCUACUGUGUGAAGGUGUUCAUACAUGGACGGAUGUUUAUUUAAACUGGGUUGAAGUGCUCAAUGUCUUUAUUUAUAUUGUACCCCUGCCUAUUUUUUUAUUAUUUUAUUGAUUAAUACUUUUAGUGAGCAGUUGAAUUCUAUCUUGGAUAUGGAUAUUAAAAAUGAUAACAAAAGUUGAA